UGGGUUCCCAGCGUGGUCAAGGGGAGGACUUUAGCCACUAGCCUAUCGCGCCAGGCCCUAAAGGCCUAAUUCUGAUUCCAUACCUUUGUGACCAUCAACAGUUGCUGUGAAUGGGGGCUUUCUUAGCAGUGAAAUGAAGCAGUGGUCUGCAUUGCUUUUCUGCAGCACGUGUUUAUAAAGCUGGGAGUGCUUUAUGAAUGGGAAAGCCCUGCACAUGUUUGUAUUAUACCUGGCGGGAACCCUUGGGUUUUAGUUAUGAGCCAGGCAGGCCACCAGGAGGAAAUGUAGAUUGGCCAAGGCUGCAUACAGCUAGAGAACUCUGGUGUGACCAUAGCUCCAAAGAUUGGGGAAGCCCUUGUUGGGAGUACCUUGCCACAGGCUGCUGUGUCUGUGUCCCUGUUUCACAACCUGCAAGGGGAGAAUCUCUGAGUGUCCUGAGGCCCCGGCAGGCCCAGCUGGACAGCAUGAAGAGGCUAUGUCGCAGAUUUCCAUCUCCCCAUACCACCGAUUCAAAGACCCAGUUGAAGUCCUAGCCUUCCGUGGGAACCUGCUGACCUGGUACGACCGAGAGAAGCGGGAUCUGCCCUGGAGAAGACUGGCAGAGGCUGAGGUGGACCUGGACAGGCGGGCAUAUGCUGUGUGGGUCUCUGAGGUCAUGCUGCAGCAGACUCAGGUUGCCACAGUGAUCAGCUACUAUACGCGAUGGAUGCAGAAGUGGCCAACACUGCAGGACCUGGCCAGUGCAUCCCUGGAGGAGGUGAACCAGCUCUGGGCCGGCCUGGGCUACUAUUCUCGGGGCAGGAGGCUACAGGAGGGAGCUCGGAAGGUGGUGGAGGAACUCGGGGGCCACAUGCCACGAACGGCAGAGACACUGCAGCAACUCCUUCCAGGUGUGGGGCGCUACACAGCUGGGGCCAUAGCUUCCAUCGCCUUUGGCCAGGCAACCGGUGUGGUGGAUGGGAAUGUGGUGCGGGUGCUGUGCCGUGUCCGAGCCAUUGGUGCUGACCCCAGUAGCACUCCUGUUUCCCAACAGCUCUGGAGCUUUGCCCAGCAGUUGGUGGACCCAGUACGGCCAGGGGACUUCAACCAAGCAGCCAUGGAGCUGGGGGCCACAGUGUGCACCCCGCAGCGCCCACUCUGCAACAGGUGCCCUGUGCAGCACCUGUGUCAGGCACACCAAAGGGUGGAGCAAGAGCAGCUGUGUGCUUCACCACGGCUGCCAAGCAGCCCUGAGAUAGAGGAAUGUGCUCUCAACACUGGACAGUGCCAGCUGUGCCCGCCUCCUUCAGAACCCUGGGACCCGACCCUGGGAGUGACCAAUUUUCCCCGAAAGGCCAGCCGCAAGCCCCCCAGAGAGGAGUGUUCUGCCACCUGUGUUGUAGAGCAGCCCAAGGCCCGAGGGGGUGGCCGCAUGCUGCUGGUCCAGAGGCCGCACUCGGGUCUGCUGGCCGGAUUGUGGGAAUUCCCAUCUGUGACCCUGGAGCCCUCGGGGCAGCAUCCACGCCAGGCACUGCUGCAGGAACUGCAGAGCUGGGCUGGGCCCCUCCCUGCCGCUUGCCUGCGGCACCUCGGGGAGGUGGUCCACACCUUCUCCCACAUCAAGCUGACAUAUCAAGUGUACGGCCUGACCCUGGACAGCGAUACUCUGGCAACCACCACACCACCUGGCGCCCGCUGGCUCACCCGGGAGGAGUUUUGCACCGCAGCCGUCUCCACAGCCAUGAAAAAGGUUUUCCGUGUAUAUGAGGGCCAGAAGCCAGGCACUCGCCAGGGCUCCAAAAGGUCCCUCGUGGCCACUCCACUCCGCCAGAAGAGACCCAGCAAGGGCCAGCAGGUCCUGGAUGGUUUCCUCAGGCCACAUCGCCAGUGAUGGACCCCACCUCAACAAUGCAGCCCCGUGAUGCCUCUGGA